ACCCCCCUCCCGUUCUUCCCCCUACAUCCCCAGAGUCCAUUGUAUUCUUAUGCCUUUACAGCCUCAUAGCUUAGUUCCCACAUGUCAGUGAGAACAUAGAUGUUAUCACGGUAUUUGAUUUUUCCAUUUUUGAGUUACUUCCCUUAGAAUAAUAAUCUCCAAUCUCAUCCAGGUCGCUGCAAAUGCUAUUCAUUCAUUCCUUUUUAUGGCUGAGUAGUAUUCCAUCGUAUAUAUAUAUACACCACAGUUUCUUUACUGACUCGUUGAUUGAUGGGCAUUUAGGUUGGUUCCAUGAUUUCGCAAUUGUGAAUUGUGCUGCUAUAAACAUGCAUGUGCAAGUAUCUUUUUUGUAUAACGACUACUUUUCCUCUGGGUAAAUACCCAGUAGUGGGAUUGCUGGAUCAAAUGGUAGUUCUACUUUUAGUUCUUCAAGGACUCUCCACACUCUUUUCCGUAGUGGCUGUACUAGUUUACGUUCCCACCAACAGUGUAGAAGCGUUCCCUGAUCACCGCAUCCACGGCAACAUCUACUGUUUUUUUAUUACGGCCAUUCUUGCAGGAGUAAGGUGGUAUCGCAUUGUGGUUAUGAUUUACAUUUCCCUCAUCAUUAGUGGUGUUGAGCUUUUGUCUCACGUUUUCAUGUUUGUUGGCCAUUUGUACAACUUUUUUUUUUUGAGACAGAGUCUCACUCUGUCGCCCAGGCUGGAGUGCAGUGGCGUGAUCUCGGCUCACUGCAAACUCCGCCUCCUGGGUUCACGCCAUUCUCCUGCUUCAGCCUCCCAAGUAGCUGGGACUACAGGUGCCUGCCACCGCGCCUGGCUAAUUUUUUUGCAUUUGUACAUCUUUUGAGAAUUGUCUAUUCAUGUCCUUAGCCCACUUUUUGAUGGGAUUGUUUUUUUCUUACUGAUUUAAGUUUGUUGGAGAUUCUGGAAAUUAGUCAUUUGUUAGACAUACAGAUUGUGAAGAUUUUCUCCCACUCUGUGGGUUGUCUGUAUACUCUGCUGACUGUUCCUUUUGCCAUGCAAAAGCUCUUUAGUUUAAUUAAGUCCCGGCUAUUUAUCUUUGUUUUUAUUGCAUUUGCUUUGGGUUCUUGGUCAUGAAAUCCUUGCCUAUGCCAAUAUCUAGAAGGGUUUUUCCGAUGUUAACUUCUAGAAUUUUUAUAGUUUCAGGUCUUAUAUUUAAGUCCUUAAUCCAUCUUGAGUUGAUUUUUGUAUAAGAUGAGACAUGAGGAUCCAGUUUCAUUCUCCUGUGUGUGGCUAGCUGAUUAUCCCAGCACCACUUGCUGAAAAGGGUGUCCUUUCCCCACUUUGUUUUUGUUUGCUUUGUCAAAGAUCAGUUGUCUGUAAGUAUUUGGGUUUAUUUUACUGAGUUCUCUAUUCUAUUCCAUUGGUUUAUGUGCCUAUUUUUAUACCAGUACCAUGCUGUUUUGGUGACUGCAGCCUUAUAGUAUAGUUUGAAAUCAGGUAGUGUGACAUCUCCAGAUAUGUUCUUUUUGCUUAAUUAGUCUUGCUUUGGCUAUGUGGGCUCUUUUUUGGUUCCAUAUGAAUUUUAGAAUUGUUUUUUCUAAUUCUGUGAAGAAUGAUGGUGGAGCCUUAUUUCUUAUUUUACUGCCUUUGUAUGGUCAUUUUUAAGUAAAUAGCAUGGUGUGUUUACAAAGAAUGUUCUGCAGAUGUUCAUUGUAGUGUUCUGUUAAUGCUAAUUGAAUGAGUUAAAAUUGUGUUCAAAUUCAAUAUAGCCUAAGUAAAUUUGUGUGUGUACCCACAUCAUCUAUCAACUGUGGAGAGAGACUUGGCAAAAACUCUCAUUUUGAUGGUAGAAUGUCAGUUUUUUUCUUGUAAUUCUUUUGAUUUUUGCUUUAUUUCAGUGUGAUAAUAUGUGGAUUAUGUCCAUUUGGUGAUUUGAACCUUUAACAUCAUGUAGGAGCACUCUUUAUCUUUAGUAAUAUUCUUUGCUUCCAAGUCUAUUUUGUCUGAUACUCAUUUAGCAGUUUUCUUUUGGUGAGUAGUCACCUAGUAUAUCUUUCUAUUCUUAUUGUCAACCUUUUUUGUAUCCUUAUGUUUUAGGUGUGUUUCUUAUAAACAACAUAUAGCUGAGUUUCUUAAAAGUUACUCUGGCAGUCUUUGAAUUUUACUUGAAGCAUUGCAUUCUUUUCAUUUUCAUUGUUACUAUAGAGUGAUAUUUUGUGCUAUAUAUCUAUCAAGUUUUUUUCUCCAUUUUUUAGGAUUGAUUAUUGUUUCGUUUUUUUGUCCAUUAUUAGUUUGAAAGUUAUAUAUUUAUUUUUUCUGCUCUCAGUGAUUUCUCUCGACAUUUUAAUGCACUCACCUAACUUACAAACUUCUAAAGUUAGUUUCUUCCUACUUGAUACAAGCCACUUUAGAAUACUUCGAUAAACUCUGGAGUCAUUACCUCAAAAUUAUAUGCUAGUCUAUUGUGUUUGAACUAUAUAAUUUUAAGCCCCUAUGGUACACCAUAACUAUUAUUUAUCUAACCAAUGCUUAGUUUUACUCCCACUUACACUUGUUUUUUGCUCAUUAUUUCUUCUUCAUUUUGGACCGUCUCAAUUUCCUUUUGCCUAAAGUACAUCUUUUCAAAUUAUUUUAAUGAAAGACUGUAGCUAACUCUUAUUUUUUUCUGUCUGAAAAUGUUUUAUUUUGACUUUGUUCUUGAAAAAAAAUGUCCAUUUGUUAUAGAAUCUUAAAUCAACACUUUAAAACACAAGAAUUAUGAUUUCUUUGCAUUCUGGCUUUCAUUGUAGCUAUUACGUCAACUGACAGCCAUUCCUUUGAAGGUCAUCUGUCUUUUACUUCUGUGUGCUUUAAAGAUUUCAUCUUGACAUUGUUAAUAUUAUUGUCUUGGCACUGUUAAUUUUCUGUAGUUUGAUAUAAUGUGCCUGGGUAUGAAUUUCUUUUCAUUUAUUCUGCCUAUUCUUGUAGCUGUGCGGGUUCAUCUCUUUCAUCAGUUCUAGAAAUUCUUGGCUGUGUUUUUUCUUACAAAUGCUGUCUCAACUUUAUGUUUCUCAGCAUUGAAAUCUAGAUUUCCUUAGAUAAUAUCUUCUUAUCAUGAAUCUUCUCUUUAGUUGCUUUAAAUCUGCUGUUAAACCUUUACAUUGAGUUUUAAUGUUUGUUGUAUUUUAGUUUAUAGUUCUGUGUUUUCAAGUCUGCCUGUUUGUUUUUAUGGUCUUCUACUCUUUAUUAAUAUGUUCAACUCUGUAAACAUACUGCCUAAUUCUAUUCUAUGUUGGAUUCCAGUAUGUGAACGCUCAAAGUGGGCUCAUGUUCAUAAGGUUUGAUGGCUAGCUUUCAUAACACUGUUUCUGUUUCUUUUGUAUUUUGUGGGUUUUGACUGAGCUUGUAUUUUAAACUGUGGGAAUUACUAGAGGCCCCAGGUUGUUUUUGCGAAGGAGCACUGCCAAUUUAUGACCUUUUUAAAUGCUCCACCUAAAAGUUUUUUGUACCAUCCAAGUAGAGUGGCCCGAAAAUCCAUGUGAAGGCUACUUUGGAGAUAGCACGCCUCCAGGAAGAUUUGUUUGCUGCCUCCCCAUAGCAAGCUUUGAAAUAGGUCAUUUUACUUGUGUCUUCUGGGUUUUAUAGGUAUGUGGGUGGGUGGAAGUGGAGGCAGGGGGCAGAAUUAUUUCUAGUUCAUCCUUAAGAUAUGGCUGUGGCUUUAUACAGGAGAUUUUUGAAAUAAGACUCUCUCAUAAGAAAGGACUUUUCUUUUUCCUGUAUCCCUGCUACUCCAAUUCCUGCAGUUCUUUUCACAGGGUUGAGCAGACAGUCUCAAGCUGCAUCGGCCUUCAUUGUUUACCCACCUUGCUGGCUUCUUAUGUUCACUUCAUUUUUUGGACUCUUGUAUAUGUCUUACUGAUUUCCUCAGUAAUAGCACAUUGAUGCAUUUAUACAAUUUUAAAGGUAUUUUAAUAAAUGAGCGCAUUUAGUCGUUUUCAGCUGGAAAGUUGUCCUAAGUCACUGUCCAAAAGGACUUCCGAUCAUGAGCAGGGCCAUGCCUUGCAGUUCUUAGUCCUGUACUGACGGUUGGUAAUCAGUAGAUUUUUUUUUUCAUUCAACAUAAGUUUAGGUUUCUAAAGUGGAAAGUUUUUUGUAUUUUUUUUUUUCUGUAAAAAAAAUGCUUUAUGGGCCGGGUGCGGUGGCUCACCCCUGUAAUCCCAGCACUUUGGGAGGCCAGAGCGGGUAGAUCACAAGGUCAGGAGAUCGAGACCAUCCUGGUCAACAUGGUGAAACCCUGUCUCUACUAAAAUACAAAAAAUUAACCAGGUGUGGUGACAGGCACCUGUAAUCCCAGCUACUCAGGAGGCUGAGGCAGGAGAAUCGCUUGAACCUGGAAGGCAGAGGUUGCAGUGAGCCGAGAUCGCGCCAUUGCACUCUAGCCUGGCAACAGAGUGAGACUCUAUCUCAAAAAAAAAAAAAAAAAGCUUUAUGAAUGCAAGAUUUUUUUUUAUAAUUCGAACUGAAAACAAGGCACAAAAACUUGCAGAAUUUUUUCCCUUCGACCUAAUUAUUAUACACCCUUAGCUCAAUGACUUUUAGAACCACGUCUUGCCUUUUUCUCCCUCCUGAACUUACAUAUUUCUGAGUCCCUACCCUUUUUAAGUCUACUUUAUGAAUGCAAGAUAUUUUUAUAUUUUUGUAUUUUAUAUAUUUUAUAUUAUUUAUAUUUUUUUGUAUUUUAUAUUUUGAACUGCAAACAAGGCACAAACCUGCAGGUCUUGUCUAUGUCCUCCAAAUCACAGGCACUGCCAAGAGCAUAGUGAUUGUUGGGGGGGAUUUAAAGGAAUAAAUUUCCUUUUUUGGCUUUAUUGGUAUACUUGGACAAUAAAAGUCAUGUGAACAAUGUCAAAUGUAAAGUUUAAAAUAAAUCAUUCUUGUUCAUGGAGAUUAGUUUGUUUUUUAGAUCUUUUUACAUUUUAAUCUCCCCAAAAUCACAUAUUUAGAUAUGAACAUUUUGCCAAAAGAGGGCAGUAUUCGCCUACAGUAGAAUGUAAAGGGACUGAAACAUUUCUGCAGAGAGAAGGAUGAACUUAUUUUCCUCCUAAGAUUGGUCUACUAGUCUGAUCAUCUGGGAUUGACCAUGCAAGUUUUAAUUUGUUUUCUAUUACUUUUAUGGAUUUAAAACAUUUUUGUUUGAAAAUGUUAGUCUUUAAAGAUAAAGCCAAAAAUCUGUUUAAAAAUACCUGCUUACAGAAUGACCAAAAAGUAGAUGUUUUCAUAUUUAUUAAGUUUUCACACACGUCCUCAACGAGGUGCUGCUCACUUCAGGGAAAGAUGGCCAGUUCAAACUGCUGAUGAAAAGUCUGCAACCAGCAAGACCACUGCUGCCAGUGUGUCCUGAGGGAGCUUGCAUCUGUUUGACUUUACAUAUACAUACUUAGGUUUGUCCAUCAGUUGUAUCCUCUUCAAGGAGGUAUGUGAGUUCAUGGUUUUAAGCAUAUAAAUUUAAACGUUAAAGGAAGAAAUCAGAAGUAGCCCGUUUGAGUCUUACAUGAGUGAAAUGUGUUGGGUUUCAGCAGCAGAAUAUAUAGAAGGAAAUGAAACAAUUUUUUUAAAGAGCAUAGUUUGGAAUAAAGAAAGAAUAUAUGCACCUAGAUGAACGAAUUAGAACUCUGCCUGCCCUUUAGGGUUUGGUAAUGUUACCAGAUAAAGAAGAAAAGCUGUUCUGCAUUGUUUCAAUACAUUCUUAAUCAACUUGGGCUUCAAAAGGACAGCUGGAGGCUAAGAGGUCGGGUUUUUCAUCAAAUGUGCAGUGGAAGUAAUUUUGGAAAAGUUUGUUUGCAUUAUGCUGCCUAAAACACGGUGUUUUAGAAAGAGGCUUUUGCAUUGAAAAGCUUCUCGUUCUCGCCUCUGGGAGUCUAGUGCUUCCUAGAGCUGCUUGUGCCCUCAGCCCUGUAAUGUGAUAUCCCUCCUCCUGGAUUGGUCAGAGGGGUGUCCUUUCCCUGGGAGCCGCUUUCCACCACGGCUCCCAAACUUGGCUCAGUCCAGCAGCCACCAUCACCACCACUGCGGUUGCUGCUGCUGCUGCAGCUGCAACUGCUGCUCUCCCUCCGGCUGCUGCUUCGUGUGGCCAGCAGCGAAUGGAGCGAUGGAGCCCAGACUGUUCUGCUGGACCACUCUCUUUCUCCUGGCCGGGUGGUGCCUGCCAGGGUUGCCCUGCCCCAGCCGGUGCCUUUGCUUUAAGAGCACCGUCCGCUGUAUGCACUUGAUGCUGGACCACAUUCCUCAGGUACCACAGCAGACCACAGUUCUAGACUUGAGGUUUAACAGAAUAAGAGAAAUUCCAGGGAGCGCCUUCAAGAAACUCAAGAAUUUGAACACACUUCUGCUGAACAACAACCACAUCAGAAAGAUUUCCAGAAAUGCUUUUGAAGGACUUGAAAAUUUGCUAUAUCUGUACCUGUAUAAGAAUGAAAUCCAUGCACUAGAUAAGCAAACAUUUAAAGGACUCAUAUCUUUGGAACAUCUGUAUAUUCAUUUCAACCAACUAGAAAUGCUACAGCCAGAGACCUUUGGAGACCUUCUGAGAUUAGAGCGACUAUUUUUGCAUAACAACAAAUUAUCUAAAAUUCCGGCUGGGAGCUUUUCUAAUCUGGAUUCAUUAAAAAGAUUGCGUCUGGAUUCCAACGCCCUGGUUUGUGACUGUGAUCUGAUGUGGCUGGGGGAGCUUUUACAAGGCUUUGCCCAACACGGUCACACCCAGGCUGCGGCUACCUGUGAAUAUCCUAUGAGACUCCAUGGGCGUGCAGUUGCUUCAGUAACAGCAGAGGAAUUCAAUUGCCAGAGCCCCCGAAUUACUUUUGAGCCACAGGAUGUGGAGGUACCAUCAGGAAAUACUGUCUACUUCACCUGCCGGGCGGAAGGAAACCCCAAACCUGAGAUUAUUUGGAUACACAACAACCACUCAUUGGAUUUGGAAGAUAAUACUCGACUUAAUGUGUUUGAUGAUGGCACACUCAUGAUCCGAAACACCAGAGAGUCAGACCAAGGUGUCUAUCAGUGCAUGGCCAGAAAUUCCGCUGGGGAAGCCAAGACACAGAGUGCCAUGCUCAGAUACUCCAGUCUUCCAGCCAAACCAAGCUUUGUAAUCCAGCCUCAGGACACAGAGGUUUUAAUUGGCACCAGCACAACUUUGGAAUGUAUGGCCACAGGCCACCCACAACCUCAUAUCACUUGGACCAGGGACAACGGAUUGGAACUGGAUGGAUCCAGGCACGUGGCAACGUCCAGUGGACUUUACUUGCAGAACAUCACACAAUGGGAUCAUGGUCGAUUUACCUGUCAUGCCAACAAUAGCCACGGCACUGUUGAAGCUGCAGCAAACAUAAUUGUACAAGUUCCUCCACAAUUUACAGUAACCCCCAAAGAUCAAGUGGUGCUGGAAGAACAUGCUGUAGAGUGGCUCUGUGAAGCUGACGGCAACCCACCUCCUGUUAUUGUCUGGACAAAAACAGGAGGGCAGCUCCCUGUGGAAGGCCAGCAUACGGUUCUCUCCUCUGGCACUUUGAGAAUUGACCGUGCAGCACAGCACGAUCAAGGCCAAUAUGAAUGUCAAGCAGUCAGUUCGUUGGGGGUGAAAAAGGUGUCUGUGCAGCUGACUGUAAAACCCAAAGUUCUUGCAGUGUUUACUCAACUUCCUCAGGAUACAAGUGUCGAGGUUGGAAAGAAUAUAAACAUUUCAUGUCAUGCUCAAGGAGAACCACAGCCCAUAAUUACUUGGAAUAAGGAAGGUGUGCAGAUUACUGAGAGUGGUAAAUUCCACGUGGAUGAUGAAGGCACGCUGACUAUCUACGACGCAGGGUUCCCUGACCAGGGAAGAUAUGAAUGUGUGGCUCGGAAUUCAUUUGGCCUUGCUGUGACCAAUAUGUUUCUUACAGUCACGGCUAUACAGGGUAGACAAGCUGGCGAUGACUUUGUUGAAUCUUCCAUUCUUGAUGCUGUACAGAGAGUUGACAGUGCAAUUAACUCCACACGAAGACAUUUGUUUUCACAAAAACCUCACACCUCCAGUGACCUGCUGGCUCAGUUUCAUUACCCACGUGACCCACUGAUUGUGGAAAUGGCAAGAUCAGGGGAGAUUUUUGAGCACACGCUGCAGCUGAUACGGGAACGUGUGAAGCAGGGGCUCACUGUGGACUUGGAAGGCAAAGAAUUCCGGUACAAUGACUUGGUGUCCCCGCGCUCCCUCAGCCUCAUCGCCAAUUUAUCUGGAUGCACAGCUCGCAGGCCUCUGCCAAACUGCUCCGACCGGUGUUUCCAUGCGAAGUACCGCGCCCACGACGGCACGUGCAACAACCUGCAGCAGCCCACGUGGGGCGCGGCGCUGACCGCCUUCGCGCGCCUGCUGCAGCCAGCCUACCAGGACGGCAUCUGCGCGCCCCGCGGGCUCGGCCUUCCUGUGGGCUCCCGCCAGCCCCUCCCGCCGCCCCGGCUGGUCGCCACAGUGUGGGCGCGCGCGGCGGCCGUCACCCCCGACCACAGCUACACACGCAUGCUCAUGCACUGGGGCUGGUUUCUAGAGCACGACUUGGACCACACAGUGCCUGCGCUGAGCACAGCCCGCUUCUCGGAUGGGCGGCCGUGCAGCUCCGUCUGCACCAAGGACCCUCCGUGCUUCCCCAUGAACACCCGGCACGCCGACCCCCGGGGCACCCACGCGCCCUGCAAGCUCUUCGCGCGCUCCAGCCCCGCGUGUGCCAGCGGCCGUCCCUCUGCGACGGUGGAUUCAGUCUAUGCACGAGAGCAGAUCAACCAGCAAACAGCCUACAUCGAUGGCUCCAACGUUUACGGGAGCUCGGAGCGGGAAUCCCAGGCUCUCAGAGACCCUUCGGUGCCUCGGGGUCUCCUGAGGACAGGCUUUCCUUGGCCUCCCUCCGGAAAGCCCUUAUUGCCCUUUUCUACAGGCCCACCCACCGAGUGCGCGCGACAGGAGCAGGACAGCCCCUGUUUCCUGGCCGGGGACCACCGGGCCAACGAGCAUCUGGCUCUGACCGCCAUGCACACCCUGUGGUUCCGGGAACACAACAGGGUGGCCACGGAGCUGUCCGCCCUGAACCCCCACUGGGAGGGAAACACGGUUUACCAGGAAGCCAGGAAGAUCGUGGGCGCGGAGCUGCAGCACAUCACCUACAGCCACUGGCUGCCUAAGGUCCUGGGGGACCCUGGCACUAGGAUGCUGAGGGGUUACCGAGGCUACAACCCCAACGUGAAUGCGGGCAUCAUUAACUCUUUUGCUACUGCAGCCUUUAGAUUUGGCCACACAUUCAUCAAUCCUAUUUUUUACCGACUGAAUGCCACCUUAGGUGAAAUUUCCGAAGGCCACCUUCCGUUCCAUAAAGCGCUCUUUUCACCGUCCAGAAUAAUCAAGGAAGGUGGGAUUGACCCGGUUCUCCGGGGGCUGUUUGGCGUGGCUGCUAAAUGGCGGGCACCCUCCUACCUUCUCAGUCCUGAGCUGACCCAGAGGCUCUUCUCCGCGACUUAUUCUGCGGCCGUGGAUUCGGCUGCCACCAUCAUUCAAAGGGGUAGAGACCACGGGAUCCCACCAUAUGCUGACUUCAGAGUUUUCUGUAAUUUGACUUCAGUUAAGAACUAUGAGGAUCUUCAAAAUGAAAUUAAAGAUUCAGAGAUUAGACAAAAACUGAGAAAGUUGUACGGCUCUCCAGGUGACAUUGACCUCUGGCCCGCCCUUAUGGUUGAAGACCUGAUUCCCGGUACGAGAGUGGGACCAACACUUAUGUGCCUGUUUGUUACCCAGUUUCAGCGGCUAAGAGAUGGAGAUAGGUUCUGGUAUGAAAACCCUGGAGUAUUUACCCCGGCACAACUCACUCAGCUGAAGCAGGCGUCCCUGGGCCGGGUGCUUUGUGACAAUGGUGACAGCAUUCAGCAAGUGCAGGCUGAUGUCUUUGUAAAGGCAGAAUACCCACAGGAUUACCUGAGCUGCAGCGAGAUCCCGAAGGUGGACCUGCGAGUGUGGCAAGACUGCUGUGCAGACUGUAGGAGUAGAGGACAGUUCAGAGCAGCGACGCAAGAAUCUCAAAAGAAACGCUCAGCUCAAUACAGCUAUCCUGAUGAUAAGGAUAUGGAGUUAAGUCAUCUAAGAAGCAGGCAACAAGAUAAAAUAUAUGUGGGUGAAGAUGCUAGAAAUGUGACAGUUCUGGCAAAAACAAAGUUCUCCCAAGAUUUCAGCGCGUUUGCAGCGGAAAUUCAGGAAACCAUCACAGCACUCAGAGAGCAGAUAAACAAGCUGGAGGCACGCCUGAGGCAGGCAGGGUGUACAGAUGUUAAAGGGGUUCCAAGGAAGGCCGAGGAGCGCUGGAUGAAAGAAGACUGCACUCACUGCAUUUGUGAGAGUGGCCAGGUCACCUGUGUGGUGGAGAUUUGUCCCCCGGCUCCCUGUCCCAGUCCUGAAUUGGUGAAAGGAACCUGCUGUCCAGUCUGCAGAGACCGAGGAAUGCCAAGUGAUUCCCCAGAGAAGCGCUAAUAAAAGUUUUGUGCUGUUGAGCUCCAAAUGGGAAAUUUCUCAGGAAGAGACAUUUAGGACUUCAGAACUUUUAACUUGUAGUCACAUUGUUGAUAUGGAAACCACUGACUUAAGCAACUUAGUUCAUCUAAUCUUACAUAUACUGACGAUCUUUUAUUUUUUUCAUUUUCUAACAUACCUUGAAAUAAUUCAAAACUAAAAUCAAUAAAGUGCAUAGGAAGUGUUUGAUCAUAAGAAAUAUUUCUUACUGUAAGCUGUCAGUUUUAUAUGCCACACCUGGAAAUAAAAAGAAUAUCAUGGAAUAUUUAAAAAAUAUAUGAGUAUUGUGGAAAAUCUCUAAUUUUGGAAUUCAGAGAGGUUUCAAGGUUUCAUAUCUGCAGGAAUUUUGAAAUAAUGAGUUUUGCACUUACAGAAAACAUCUGGAAGGGUCUGUGAUACAUUCGUGACAAUGUUGUGAUGCUGUUCUCCCCACUGACCCCCCCUCUCUCAGAUCUACAACCUAGACAAUUGUCAGACUUUGCUGGGAAGGCACUUAUCUUAACCAUCAUUAGUCGCUAAGUCCUCGGACAUAAGGAAAAAGUCAGUGAAGGAAUAUCAUUAUUUUAGGGAGCUUGUUAGUUCUGCAUGUGGCUGAAAAAUGCAAACUCUCUGAGAGAAAGAGACUUUAAAGUAGAAUUGCUCAAUAUCCAUCUUCCUCUUACUUGGCAUUAUUGCCAUUCCUGAGAUGUCAAAAUUGAAAUAUAACCAAGCCUGAAAUUCAGGAGCAAUCUGAAUUUACUAUAAGCAGACUUGAAAGUGUUUCUGACUUUUACAAAAGGUGUUGCUGUGGGGUUCUUCUAAUUCGGGCACUUUCUUACAGCAUUUGACACAGAACCCCAUAGACAAGUAUAUUUAUACUCAGAAUUGAGUAUUAAGUAAUUUAGGUGAUUUUGACUUCAUAUUAGAUCAGAGCCUUUAAAAUCUGAUAUAAAAAUAUGUACCCAUAUGUGGGGUUGAUAGAUCUUUUUAAAGAAUACUUUGUGCCAAGACUUUUUUUUUUUUUUUUUUUCUGAGACAAGGUCUCACUCUGUCACCCAGGCUGGGGUGCAGUGCAGUGGUGCCUUCAUGGCUCACCGCAGCUCCACCUCCUGGGCUCAAGCAACAGUCUCAUCUCAGCCUCUUGAGUAGGUGGGACUACAGGUGCACGCCACCAUGUCCAACUAAUUGUUUUUUUUUUUUUAAUUUUGUAGAAAUAGGGUUUCACUGUGUUCCCCAGGCAGAUCUCAAACUUCUGGCCUCAAGCUGUCCUCCCUCCUCAGCCUCCCAAAGCACUGGAAUUACAAGCAUAAGCCACCAUGACAGCCAAACCCUUUGAGGAAAGAUUUCAUGUAGUGUCCUGCCAAGAGAGGGCCUCGAAGAGAGAGCGCUACUGUUUUUCAAUUACAAAAUAAACUUUUAAAAAUAGGCAUCAUUUCCCAAUAUUUAGAGUUCUUUUGUAAAAUGCAGUAUUCGUUUUAGAGAAAAUAUUCUGGUGGCUUUUGUAUCAUGAGUGAGGAAAGAUGUUUCUAGAGUUUGUAGUGUAUUUCAUCGAUUUAAAAUGUGUUAGUGAUUCCCAAGAUCCAAAUUAAUUUUUACUAAAAAGGUUUCAAAGGAUAAAUCCUAAUAUGCCAUAAAAGUUUCAUAUUUCAUGGCCUUUCAAAAUCCAAAAUAAUUUUUAAUUAUACUAAGUUUUAAAAGAUAAAACCUAACAAAUCUCAGAUGCUUCACAUUUGGUGGCCUUUUAAGGUCCAGCAUUGUGAAAUGCAGCUAAAUCUUACGAAUGUAAGUGUAAUGUGUUUCUCAGAAACAGUCACAGUAAGCUUACCUGCAGAUGACAGUAACAAAUGACAAUUACUGGCCGGGCACGGUGGCUCACAUCUGUAAUACCAGCACUUUGGGAGUCCGAGGCGGCAGAUCACAAGGUCAGGAGAUUGAGACCAUCCUGGCUAACAUGGUGAAACCCCGUCUCUACUAAAAAUACAAAAAAUUAGCCGGGCGUGGCGGUGUGAGCUGGUAGUCCCAGCUGCUGGGGAGGCUGAGGCAGGAGAAUGGCGUGAACCUGGGAGGCGGAGCUUACAGUGAGCCGAGAUCACGCCACUGCACUCCAGCCUGGGCGACAGAGCAAGACUCCGUCUCAACAAACAAACAAACAAAAAUGACAAUUAUGAACGAACUUUGUUAAGUUUUGUUUUCUCAUAAUAUUCAUUUGCCGUUGUUUCAUCUUACUGCCAUUUAAGCAAGACCUAUGUGAUUGCUCAUUUUAUUUUUUACACACUGACCACAUGUUAACUUGGAUGUCACAUGGUUAAUAUGACUGGCUCAUAUAACAUAAACAAAUAUUAAAAUAACUGAAUGAAAUUAUCAUUUAAAAUAGAACUGGAUUGACUACAUGAGGAUUUUAAAAACUGUAUGUCAAUUGACAAGAAAACUUGAAAAUUCAGCCAACUUUAUAGACAUCAUUAUAAUUCAGUCAUAUAAAUUGCUUUUUGCUUUGUAUAUUUUACUGUACAACACUUAUUUGUCUAUGUUUUUAAUGUUGUUUUUAUUCUUGAAAAUAAUAUUGCAAAUGGUAAAAAUUUCAAGUAUUUCUUUCCCAAGGAUAUACCCUGCCCUUCA